GAUGACUCUUGUUUACAGGUCCUCACCUGAUAACAACAUGGAGAAUAGCCAAACAUUUCUGUACUUUGCAUAUGGUAGUAACCUUCUAAAGGAGCGUCUCCAGCUCAAGAAUCCCUCUGCAACAGUGUACUGCGUGGCAAAGCUCAAGGAUUAUAAAUUGGUGUUUGGCAACUACAAAGGUCUAGCCAGUGACCGCUGGCAUGGUGGAGUGGCCACCAUAGAGGACAGCCCAGGGGACGAGGUGUGGGGUGUGGUGUGACGGAUGAGCAUAUCUGAUCUAGAGUCACUAGACAAUCAAGAGAAUGUGAUGUUAGGUGCUUACCGACCUGUGGAAUUAUCAGUGAAGACAAAAGGUCAAGAUAUCAGCUGUCGUACCUACAUAAUGAACAGCUGUGUGUAUGCCCGACCAUCACCACAAUAUCUACAGGUGAUUGUAAUGGGAGCAGAGCAACAUGGCUUGCCAACGGAGUACCAGGAGAAACUAAGAGCCAUUAAGACCAACAUGUAUGACGGUCUCCUACCAAUGAUGGCCGAGCUGGAACAAGCCAGAACAAGAGUUAAAGAAAGAGCCAACCAAUGA